AUGGAGCUACGCAGUGUUUUUCCCAUUUUGAGUGUGAUAGGCUUCUAUCUUCUCUGGGUCGUGAUGGCACAGAACGGUACUAUAGACGCUCUUGACCUAGUAUCGAAGAUAGGAGAGUACCCCAAUGGCAGACCGCUGAAGACAUCUUAUGUUGGCAUUCCCGUCGUUGAUAGCUCAAUUUCAACGCUUGUCGCCUUUACCGAUUCAUUGACAGGCGGUGGCGAUGUCGCAUGUCGCCUUGUGAUGAUUGAUGUGGUCUCUACAUUGCAAACUGCCGGACUAUGGGUCAUCGUAGAAAGUGUCCGUAAUGGCGCCGGGCCAUUGAGAAUUGUUCUAUCCUCACUAUGGCCUCUUUUGUGGAACGGAAUUGGCGCUGGCUUCAUCCUGCCUAUUUACUACUAUGUAAACCUGAUCGGAAAAAAUUCGCACAAGAAACAAGUGCCGCGGUUAAAACAUGCCAAAGCGUUCCUUUUCACUUCGAUUGUUGCACUAUUUCUUCCAGCAAUUUUCGUACUUCCACCGAUUGAAGUACCUCGUUCUGCUGAAGACAACCAGACUAUCGCCGCUCUAUUCCAGAUCACACCUCUGAUUGCAGCGGUUUUGCAGACGGUCAUCCCUUUAUUUAUGGCAUCCAAACCCGGAGCUGGACGAGACGAGGAGAAAAUUCUUCUUCGCCGAGCAUAUCUUUUCUCGGCAGUAUUUUCAGCAACCGGGCACAUAUACUCCCUGCUUACGUCUAUUUUUUCAAAUGAUCCCGCUGUAACGUGGUAUAAGGUCUAUUUUCCUUCCCCAUCAGACGUCGUGCCCGACAGCGAGUGGACUAUACGAGAAGGGUCGUUAUUGUUUAUCAAAUACGAUUUUAUCAUUAUUAACAUCUCCUCCGCUAUAUGGCUUUACCUUUCCCUCAAGCCAUAUCUAAACAUGAAGACAGCGUUUGAAAAGGGGUCCACUAUGUUUUUGAUUAUUCUCUCCACACUGGCAGUGGGGCCUGGAGCCUGUGUGUCUUGGGGUUUACGACUACGCGAGGACUGGAUUCUAUGA